CAAACGUAUUUGACACUCCGACAUUUGGAGAUUUUUUUCCAGUCUCAUAGACCCCUUGUUCACUCUUUCUUUUGCUGUUCAAUUAUCAUGCUCUCUCAAAUCCGUGCAUUUUCAACCAUUUCUCGAGCUGUUAGAGCUCCUGUGCCCACCACCCAAGUGUCUUUUGCAGCCACUCAACGUAUGCCUGAUGCUAAAGAAACUUUAGAGCAAGCUACUAUUGAAUUACUCACAGAUUCCAUCAACAAGCAAAAGAUCAAACCUAUUUCAGAAGCUGCUCAACGUUAUCAAAAGGUUCACCAUGAAGGUGACACUUACCACCCUGAAGAUUUGAACGAUGCACGCUACAGAGAAUCUUUACGCCGUAGACGUGGAAAGCCCGCACCCACUGAAGAUCCUUUUGAAGUGUUGGGUCUUGAUCCUCUUCAUGAAUAUAAGAACUUUAGAUUACUAACACACUUUGUUUCUGACAUGGGCAAGAUUUUGCCUCGUGAACAAACUGGCCUUAGCGCAAAGAAUCAACGUAAAUUAGCAAAGGCUAUUAAGCGUGCAAGAGCCAUGGGCUUCAUCUCUAGUACAAACAACCAAUGUGAUUUUAGAGUGUAA